AUGGAUCACACAUCACUGCUCAUUCUUGCAACAGCCCUCUUCAUAGUUUCCAUCUCUACACCCUGCACUUCCUCCCACGACCCGUGCCCCUUCUCCAAACCCGGCCCGGACCUAUCCGUCAUCCACAUUUACGGCAAAUGCUCCCCCUUCGACCCGCCCAAGCCCGACUCCUCGUGGGCCACCACUGUCCUCAACAUGGCCACUAAAAACGACCCGGAACGGGUCUCGUACCUGUCCAGCCUGGCGGCCCAGAACAAGCCAAUAUCCGCCCCAAUUGCCCCGGGCCAGGUCGUAAAUGUCGGCAAUUACGUAGUCCGGGCUCGGGUCGGCACCCCUGGCCAGCUCAUGUUCAUGGUCCUCGACACGAGCAACGAUGCCGCGUGGGUCCCGUGCGCCGGCUGCACCGGCUGCUCCCCAACUGCUUUCGCCCCAAACACAUCCUCCACGUACGGGCCGGUCGACUGCUCCGUGCCCGAGUGCACCCAAGUCAGCGGGCUCUCAUGCCCGGCCGACGGGCCCGGCCCGUGCCUCUUCAACAGGACCUACGGUGGGGACUCCUCGUUUUCCGCCAUGCUGGCGCACGACACCUUGUCCCUUGGCAAUGACGUAAUCCCCAGCUACACGUUCGGGUGCGUGAGCUCGGUUUCGGGCGGGUCGGUCCCACCCCAGGGGCUGUUGGGCCUGGGUCGGGGGUCCCUGUCGCUGCUCACCCAGUCCGGGGCCCGUUACUCGGGGAUUUUUUCAUACUGCUUGCCCAGCUUCAAGUCUUAUUAUUUCUCGGGCUCGCUGAGGCUCGGCCCAUUGGGCCAGCCCAAGAGCAUCAAGACCACCCCGCUUCUGAAAAACCCACACCGCCCCUCGUUGUACUAUGUCAACCUCACGGGCGUUAGCGUGGGCCGGGUGAACGUGCCUGUAGACCCCACGCUCCUGGCUUUCGACCCGAACACAGGGGCGGGCACCAUCAUGGAUUCGGGCACGGUGAUAACCCGGUUUGUCCAGCCCGUUUACGCUUCGAUCAGAGAUGAGUUCAGGAAGCAAGUGAAGGGCCCGUUUAGUUCGUUGGGGGCUUUCGACACUUGCUUUGCCGCCACCAAUGAGGAGUUGGCGCCGGCAAUCACGUUUCAUUUCACCGGACUGGAUCUGAAGUUGCCGACCGAGAACAGCUUGAUACACAGCAGCUCGGGCUCAUUGGCUUGUUUGGCCAUGGCUGCUGCACCAAAUAAUGUGAAUUCGGUGCUCAAUGUGAUUGCGAAUUUGCAGCAGCAGAAUCUGAGGAUCGUGUUUGAUACCGUCAACUCUCGUUUGGGCAUCGCUCGGGAACUUUGUAAUUAG